AUGGCUACUCCAAUGUCCUCUGCUAGUACUCUCUCACUUCAUUCUGGUCUCCCUUUGGCAAAUGGCACUCAUUACCAGUCCAUUAUGGGUGCUUUGCAGUAUUGUACGUUAACCCGACCUGACAUUGCCUUUAGUGUGAACAAGGCUUGUCAAUUUAUGCACUCUCCCACAGACUCUCAUUGGCAAGUCGUUAAACACAUCCUUCGCUAUUUGGCUGGUUCCAUUGACUAUGGUUUCUUCUAUCAACCCUCUACCGAUCCUACAUUGUUGUGUUACAUUGAUGCGGAUUGGGCUUCUUGCCCCAAUGAUCGUAGAAUUACAAGUGCCUUUUGUAUCUUUCAUGGAGUUAAUCUUAUUUCCUGGUCUUCGAGCAAACAACGAGUGGUUUCUCGCUCUAGCACUGAAUUUGAAUACCGUAGUCUCGCCAACGGUACUGCUGAAUUGUUAUGGCUUCGCUCUCUCUUUUAG